GCCUGGCCAGACAGGAAGAGACAGCAAUAAGAGAACAUUUGAGUUUCUCCCACAUCCAUAUAGUGACUGCUGCCAAGGGUACAGAGAGAAACAGGAAACUGAAGGAACAGAUUUAGUCCAGGGGACUGGCUAUGACAAUGAGGGGUGGACUGUUGAAACUUAAUUCCUAUUUCUUUUCCCUUGGCUGUGCGAUGGUGUGUGCCUGUGAUCUCUCUCUCUCUCUGACUCUCUCUGUUAAGUUUGGGUCUGUUUAAAGAACACUCCUAGACUAUUGGCAUUGACGUCUCAAGAUCGAAUUGAUUCGGAUUUGUCUGGUGCAUGCAAGAUACGACGGACAGCUGUCAGAGCUCAGCACCGCACUGAAGGAAGGAGCAGUCUCAGAGGAAUGUAGCCCAGCAACCAUUGCCAGUCCUGCCACUCACCAGAAAGUGCCAGCAGCAGGAAUAAGCAGCAGGAUCAGCCAAUGCUUCCAAAGCCAUUCCCUAUGGCCCCCAGGUCUCCGAUGGUGGUGAAAGCACUCUCUGCCAUUAUCCUGGCAGGACUGAUCAGUUCCCCCUCUGCUUCCGAAGGUGAGCAGGAGCCCGUGAGGUUCGAGUGCGUUUGUGAGGGCGGCUAUUGUGAAACGGAGACUUGUCGCGGAGUGCAGUGUUUCGUUUCCGUCGACAGCCAGUUUCUGGGUCAGAUUAGGAAGGGCUGCCAUUCAUAUCAGGAGGUACCCUGUGAAUACUCGCAGCCUUACCUCCGUAUCGUGUGCUGCAAAGGGAACUUGUGCAACCGAAAUCUCACCUUGCAAGAGGAGAAAGACCCUCUGAAUCCAUCCAAUAAUGUCAGUCACGUGACGAUGAUGAUCGUUCCAAUCGUGGUGGUGGGAGUCCUGGUUAUCUUCCUGCUGCUGAUCUACAAGAAGUACUGCAGAUACCAAAUCACCCCAAUCCUCAGGAAGAGCAAAAAGCAAAACCCGGCAGAGAUGUUGCGAGUACCUGAGCUCGGAGACAACACGUUGACUGACCUGUUCGAUCAUUCCUGCACAUCGGGGAGUGGAUCUGGGCUGCCCUUCCUGGUCCAGAGAACUAUGGCACGGCAGAUCACACUGGUCGAGUGCGUAGGGAAAGGUCGCUACGGGGAGGUGUGGAGAGGCGUGUGGCAGGGGGAAAACGUGGCCGUCAAGAUUUUCUCCUCAAGGGACGAGCAGUCCUGGUUUCGAGAGACCGAGAUCUACAACACGAUACUGUUGCGACAUGACAAUAUUCUCGGGUUCAUCGCCUCGGACAUGACGUCACGGAACUCGAGUACCCAGCUCUGGCUCAUCACGCGUUACCAUGAGAACGGCUCGCUGUACGACUACCUGCAGUGUAACACGGUCGACACAGAGGGCUGCCUGAGACUCGCGCUGUCCAUCAUCAGCGGCCUGGUCCACCUGCACGCGGAGAUCAUUGGUACGCCCGGCAAGGCCGCCAUCGCUCACCGAGACCUCAAAAGCCGAAACAUUCUCGUCAAGAGAAACAAACAGUGUUGCAUCGCAGACCUAGGCUUAGCAGUCAUCCACUCCCAGAACAAUGACUUCCUGGACGUCGGAAACAAUCCCAAAGUCGGGACCAAGCGCUAUAUGGCUCCGGAGGUGCUGGAUGAGACAAUCCGCACCAACAGCUUCGAGUCAUAUAAAGCGACAGACAUCUGGGCAUUCGGUCUUGUACUGUGGGAGAUUGCGAGGAGGACCUCGAUAAACGGGAUCACAGAAGAGUACAGGCCUCCGUUCUACGACGUGGUGCCCACUGACCCCACUUUCGAGGACAUGAGGAAAGUUGUCUGCACCGACCAGUACAGACCCAGUGUUCCCAACAAGUGGCUCUCCGAUCCGAUUCUCUUCUCCCUGGCCAAGCUGAUGAAGGAGUCGUGGUACCAGAACCCAACAGCUCGGCUGACUGCCCUCCGCAUUAAGAAGACGCUAAGCUCCUUGGCCAGUUCAGGCAACCUGCUGCACAAACUCAAAACAGACAGCUAGCUCUUCUUAACUCAGUCCCCCCCAAAAAAUACAACGACAACAAGCAGAGGUCUGACAGACCUUCUCAGACGGCAGCUGCCAGUUCAUCUACCGCAACCCCUGUCCAAUCCCCCCACCCUCUUCCUGACCUGCCAUACAAUUUCUGCCUCUUCUGCAGCGCUGGCUUUAAUUCUGUCUGGAGUCUGCCUCGCAGUGAGAUCUGUGCACUGGCUGGUGUGUCAGGAUCAAGGCGUUUUGGGAAUUGGCUGUGCUCAUCUAGGGGGAAUGGUGUGGUCCUGGUGUCGUCCAUUCCAACACAUUGAGAGUGUGUGUGUGUGUGUGUGUGAGAGAGAGAAUCGAUGUGUUUCUAUGUAAUUGUGUGUGUAUGAGUCUGUGCGUGUGUCCCCAUAUGUGUGUGUAUCAGUGCCAAUGUGUGUCCAUGACUGUAUAAUAAUGCCUGUGGUAACUCAGUACCUGUGUGCCUAGUGUGUCCUUAUCUAUGACAGUGCCUGUGGUGAGUCAGUACAUUGUACAUCAAUGCUUGAGUGUGUCCGUGUGUGUGUGUGACAGUUCCUCAGUGUGUGUUUGUCAGUGCCUUUGUGACUAUGUCUGUCUGUGUCCACCUGUGUGUGCGUCAGUCUGUGUACCUCUAUGUGUCUGUUUGCAGUAUCUUGUUGUUGUACAUGUGCCUCUGUUUGUGAGUAAGUCUCUCUGUAUAUGCCUGUGUGUGUCAGAAUUGACCAGUGUAUGUUCGUACGCACACUAAUGUCUGUGUCCACAUCCGUGUGUAAGGCUACAUGUCUGUCUGUGUAUGUUGAUGUGUUUGUGUUCAUGUGUGCACACAUGUAUGUGUGCUCAUAUGCCUGUGUAUGUGUAUCUGUGUUACUCUGUGUAUGUGUGUGUACCUGUAGCUGUGUGACUCUGUAUGUGUCUGUGAAAGUGUGUUUCUGUGAGUGUGUGUGGGCGUCUGAAUGUUUUUGUAUGUGAGUGUGUCUCUGUGUGAGUGUGCCUCUGUGUGAGUGUGUGGCUCUGUGAGUGUCUUAGGUCAGUAUGAAUCUGCGUGUGCCUGUAUGUGGAUGACUGUGCAUAUAUGUGAGUGUGUCUGUGUAUCUCUAUGUUUAUUUGUGUGUGCGUGUAUAUCUGUGUGUGUCAAUCUGUGUGUGUAUGCAUAUGCGCGCGUGCCUGUGUGUGUUUGCAUGUAUGUGUGUGUGCAUAUGCGUGCGCGUCUGUGUGCGUGUGUAUCUGUGUCAGUGUGUGUGGAUGUGUGAGUGUGUGUGCGUAUGUGUAACUGUCUGUGUGUGUGCGCGUGUAUCUGUGCCUGUGUGUGUGUAUGCAUGUGUCUGUGUGUGUGUGUGUGUGCACAUGUGUCUGUGAGUACGUGUGUAUGUGUGGAUGUGUGUGUGUGCGUAUGUGUGGAUGUGUGUGUGCAUGUGUGCAUGUAUCUGUGUCUGUGAGUGUGAGUGCGUGUGCGUGUAUCUGUGUCUGUGAGUGUAUGUGUGUGAGUGCGUGUAUCUGUGUGUGUGUGUGAGUGCGUGUGAGUGUAUCUGUGUCUGUGUGUGCGUGUGUGUAUCUGUGUCUGUGAGUGUGUGUGUGUGAGUGCGUGUAUCUGUGUCUGAGUGUGUGUGUGUGUAUCUGUGUAUGUGUGAGUGCGUGUGCGUGUAUCUGUGUCUGAGUGCGUGUGUGUGUGUGCGCGAGUGUGUGCGUGUAUCUGUGUCUGUGAGUGUGUGUGAGUGCGUCUGCGUGUAUCUGUGUAUGUGAGUGUGCGUGUAUCUGUGUCUGUGAGUGUGUGUGUGAGAGUGCGUGUAUCUGUGUCCGAGUGUGUGUGUGUAUAUCUGUGUAUGUGUGAGUGCGUGUGCGUGUAUCUGUGUCUGAGUGCGUGUGUGUGUGUGCGCGAGUGCGUGCGUGUAUCUGUGUCUGCGAGUGUGUGUGAGUGCGUGUGCGUGUAUCUGUGUGAAUGUGUGUAUGUGUGAGUGCACGUGUAUCUAUGUCUGUGUGUGUAUCUGUGCAAGUGUGAGUGUGCCUAUCUGUGCAAGUGUGUGUGUGUGUGUGUGUGAGUGUGCGUGUGUCUAUGUGUAUCUGUGCGAGUGUGUGUGUGUACAUGUGAGUGUGCGUGUGUCUAUGUCUGUGUGUGUGUGUGUGUGUGUGUACAUGUGUGUGUGCGUGUGUCUAUGUCUGUGUGUGUGUGUGUCAGAAUUGGCUUCAGCAGUGAUGCCCUUCCCAGUCUUUGGGUCUGGAUCAAUAUCAGCUUCAGCAGCACAGGUAUGGGGAGCAGGAAAUAAAAGGCUAUUGUGGGAUUUGGUGAGGAAAAUGAAUUCACUCUAGACACCUUGUGCAUUCUCAGUGCUCUGUGAUGCUGCCAGUGAGAGAUUAAGUAAAAUAAAAACGCAUCUAUUUUGUUUGCAUUAAUGUUAUUCUAAUUAAUCCCAUAAUCAUCAUAUUUGAAGUAUACUUUAUUAAUUGCACUUUCACAGGAACAAUAAAGCAAAUGAAAUCC